CUUAACUGCUACUGAUUGAAAAUUGAAUUUAUCUCAACAAUUAAAUUCUCGACAAUUGGAUUAGUUUAGUUUUCAAUUUUCUUUUCUAUCUCUUUAAGUAAUUUCUAUUCUUUCCCCAUAACGAAUCAUAUGUUCACAAGAAUAAUUGAUUUAAUUUAAGUAAUUGGAUUGAUUUGUGAUUUGGAAAAGAAGUACAAAUAAAUCAAUAGAUUUACUUUAUUUGUUUCUCUAAUUGUUAACAUCUAAAUCAAAGUGAAUUGGAAAUGUUUAAAAAAUAUUUAGGUGGUGAAGCUUUUGAUGAUUAUCAAGGUGAAAUAUUGAUCAGCAAUUACAGAAGUGAUAAUCCUGAAGCUUGGAAGGUUCGUCCAUGUGAAUGGUAUCAAGAGGAAAAUAGAAAUUGUAAAAAUUUUUUCCAACGAUUUAACCAGAAAUUUAUCUAUGGUAAAGGAUUAGAUUGUGAUCAAUGGUCAAGAGAUUACAAGAAUUGUCUGGGCUUUCGUAAUACAGGCGAUGAGCAACUGAUGCAAAAAGUGAUUGAUAGUGAAAACAAAAGGAUAACUAAAUUUGUUGUCAAUUCUGAAAGAAAUGAUAUUUGGGAAUCACGAACUGAACCUCCGCCCAAUUGGAAUAGAAAACUUCCUGACUGGUGGAACGAGAGGACCAAAGAAUCUCGAUUGAAAAAGUACAUGGAAAUACUGGAGGAAGAAAAAAAUAAAAACUAAUAAUCGAUAAUUUUUUCGAAUAAUAUUGUAAAUUUUUAGAGAAUAGAAAAGAGAAUUGAUCAAUUAAUCAAAAUUAAUUCGAUUAGUGAAGAUAGACAAAGCCUCGGUUCACAUUGUUGUCACCGAGAAGCUAAAAUGACCCUUCGUCGUGCAGAUAAAUCUGCAAUUAAGUUAAAUAAAAUUCGAGAUCGAAUGACAA